CUUUUAACUAACCAUGCUUCAUUCAUUCUUCCCUCCUCCCAUCUCUCUCUCCAAUAACUGUUACUGCUCAAGAUUGACACCAAAACCCACAAUGCCACCAGACAAACCCCCGACCCUCAUCAUCGGCAUCUCCGGCCCCUCCAGCAGCGGCAAAACCACCCUCGCGCGCCUCCUUCACCGCAUCUUCAACCUCAGCGACACAGCAACCGAACCAGCAGCAGCAGCAGCAGCAUCAGCAGCACCGCUAAAAUCCCUCCUCAUCCACGAAGAUGACUUUUACCACCCAGACGAUAAAAUCCCCCUCACUACCCUCCCCAACGGUACCACCCUCCAAAACUGGGACACCGCCGACGCCCUCGACCUGGCCUUUCUGGCCGCUUCCCUGAGCUACAUCCGCAGCGAGGGUCGUCUGCCCCCGCGGCUGCGGUCGAAGGAAGAUCAAAACGAUACGCAGCCUGCCUCGUCGUCGGAUUCGACCAGUGCGGCGGCAGCGAGUGUUUCGGUGGAGGAGGAAUUGGUGGGGGAGCUGCAGGGGAGGGUAAGGCGGGUGAUCGCCCAACGGGAUUCUUCGGCUCGAGCUGGGGUUGAAGCAGGAAGGACAAUCGCGUUUAUGGAAGGGUUCUUGCUCUUUGCGCCGCCAGCACCAUCCCCAUCAUCAUCAGCAUCAUCCCAUCCGCUAAGGGAGGUGCAUGAUCGGUUGGAUGGACGGUUGUUUUUGCCGGCGGCUUAUGAUACGGUCAAGGAGAGGCGGGAGAGGAGGAGUGGGUAUGUGACUAUUGGGGCGGCGCCGGCGCCGCCGGUGGUACACGGGCCUCCGUCAGAGUCGCUAUCGACGGCUGCAGAGACCCCCAAUCACAAGCCAGAGGAGAUUGAUCUCGAGGCGGAGGAUGAUCGACCCCCCCAGAAUUUCUGGAAGGAUCCUCCCGGGUAUGUGGAUGAUAUCGUAUGGCCGAAUUAUGUCAAGGAUCAUGCCUGGUUGUUGUUGCCAGCACAGGGCACCGAUGACGACGACGACGAUGAUGAUGAUGAUGAUCGCUUGCUGAAGGAGACGGAUACCCAGGAGCUGGUCAGGCUGGUGGGUCAGGGGACGCGCUUGAGAAGGGAUGCUGGGGUUACGGUGGCUCCAGGGCGAGGGGACAGACCCAUGGCGGAGAUACUAGAAUGGGCCGUGGAGGAAGUGCUGAGGCAUCUGGCGGAACCGCCUCAGUACAAAGAAAGAGCUCAUGUGUGUUGUAAGUAUUCUACGUAGACUAGAGAUAUACGAG